AUGCGCAAGUUGAAAUGCUCGGGGCACAGACCGGCGUGUGGACGCUGUGCGCGGGAGGAGAACGAGUGUGUGUACUCGCUGCGCAAGACGAUGGGGCGGCCGAGGAAGAGGCGGAGAGAGGGCGAGGACGAGGGCGAGGGCGAUGUCGAGAUAGGGGGUGAGGGUGAGGCUGAAGUUGAGGCUGGGGCGUUGGAGCUACGGGGUGCUUCUGCACCGGAUAGUGGACGGCUGGAUGGGGGGUUUGAGUUUGGGGGUGUGUUUCUGCCGGAAUUUGGAGAGGGGCGGAGGUAUGCUCAGGGCCAGGUUGAUCUGGGUUUGCGGGGAUGCAACGGGCCGUCGCCUCCGAUGACGAGCUUUGAGUGA